AUGGAUAAGGCAAAUAUAGUUUUAAAAUUUGAUAAUCAAAUGAAUUAUCAUAAAUCAGAACCAUUGGCAAGUUUACCACUUCAAAUAUCUAUAUCAUGCCAUAUUGCUUUAUAUCUUCCAUUAUUAACUUCUCAAAUAAUAUGUUUUAUUUUAAAGUACAAGUAUCUAUCAUCAAUUUAUUGUGAUAUUUUAAUAGCUAUAUUUAUUGUACAUUACACAAUAGAAAUUAUUCGAUUAUAUUUAGCAUAUGCUGGAAACAAGGGAGAAAAUAUUCCAAAUUUGUCUGGUGCUUGGAUAACUGGAUUGAUACUUCAAUUACCAGUAACAUGUUUUUUAUUAUUCAAUCCAGAUAUAAUACCAUUACCAUUGGAACUUUUUACUCAAUCAAUUCAUUUUAUUUUACUUAUAAUAGAAAUAGUUACAGGAUUUUUUACAAUUCAUAUUAUAGCUGAUUAUCAAGUUAAAAUAUUUAAAAAUAAAAUUCUUAUGGAUGAUAACAAAAAAAACAAUUAA